AUGUACCCGAAAGGGCUUACGGAUAAGCCGAAGCCCUUGCAACCGUAUCCUGCAGCAGCACAAGAUGUGCGAACCUUCGAUGCGUACCUUGUGCUUUGGGUUGCACUGUUCUACAAUAUUUUUGAUUCUCUUUUCCUUGACAGAACUCGCUUCCGGGAAAAUCUGCUCAGUCCAAACGAGCUUCCGCUUGACCGUCUGUUGGAGAAAGUGAUGACGUCGCAACGUCAGCAACUGCUACUCGAGGAGCAGAUUAUUCUCCUCUGCAGGCUUGAACGGCACGAGGACGCUCUCCGAAUUCUAGUGCACGAGAGACAUGACGUGGAGGCAGCUCUUCGUUACUGCAAUUGGUGUGUCCUCAUGCAACUGCGUCUGCGUGCUGCUAGGGAGGCAGACAUGUGGUCCGAAUCAUCACCAUCACAGCACCCAAGUGAUGUCAAGGUCAUUGGGUCUUCAACCGGUCCCGCCGAGCCAAACAUCUACGGAACACUUUUUAGCCUCCUUCUGGAUGAUGCCAAAAAGCCCGGAUCACGCAAGCGCCUUCUCCGUCUGCUGAACUCGGAAAUGCCCAUGUCGGAUUCGGUUGAAGUCCAAGAGAAUGACAGAAAUUGUUCCUGUAAGAAUCAUUGGUCGGUCGUCCCGAUCACUGUCGUACCGUCGGUCGAAAACCAGAUUAAGGCUUGGUUCCACGAGCGACGGCCAGAUGACGGGUCCUUCCUAGAGUUCCUGGAUUCGAAGCUUUACGUCUUCAUCCACCCCUCUGGCAUGCCAGCUUAG